UCAUGCUGCUGCCAGGUCCAGAGUCUCUCAUGGGUCCCUGUACGGCCUCCCAUUGCUGCUGUCUCCAUCGCCACACUCUGCCAUGUGCCACUUUCAGGUCUCCUCACACUGCUGGUGUGUUGAAUUUUUUGACAUAGGGUGCUGGCAGAUUACGGGCCUCCCAUUUGCUGCUGCCAGGCCCGUAAUCUGCCAUGGGCCCCCGUACCGCCUCCUCAUGCUGCUGCCAGGUCCAGAGUCUCUCAUCGGUCCCUGUACGGCCUCCCAUUGCUGCUGUCUCCAUCGCCACACUCUGCCAUGUGCCACUUUCAGGUCUCCUCACACACUGCUGGUGUGUUGAAUUUUUUGAC